GAGAAGAUCACUAGGAGCUCAUCUUCGAGUCAAUAUUAAACCAUAAUUUCCAAACUAAUAUCUGAGAGGGUUGUGGCCCUCGGAAUUUAAUGAUGCUUAUAUGUGAAUAGACAUAUCUGAAUAUUAUUGAGACAUAUAAGUGAAGACUUGUGUGUGUGACUGUCAUCAUUUAGCAACUAGUACUGAUUACAAAUUUGCCUUACACUGCAUUUUUGAAUCUAGGACAUACAAACCAUUGCGUAAGACGAACAUGUGUACUGAACGUGAGGCAGAGAAACCAUCUCGCAGGCUGGUUUUCAGGAAGAAAGGUAACCGAUGUGUCAUCUAUCCAGAAAAUGCAGUUCUUGUUGCAACAUCUAUAGAAAAAAGACUACACUCUCGGUGUGUUCAGACUAAUGUUGUUUGCGACUUCAUUAUACAGAUAAAUGAAACUACCUUUCACUUGCACAAGCUACCCAUGGUUUCCAGAAGUGGAUAUAUAAAUAGGCUGGUAUUUCAGAGAACAAGCACCGGAGAGACAGCUUCUAGUAUUCGUAUUGACAACGUUCCAGGAGGAUACAAAAUUUUUGAAUUGGUGGUGAAGUUCUGUUAUGGAAUGAAGGUGGAAUUAACAGCACCUAACAUAGCCCCACUUUAUUGUGCUGCAAAUUUGUUGGAAAUGAGUGAUGAUUUUGAACAAGGAAACCUCAUAGAGAAAACGGAGCAUUUUUUGAGUUUUGUCAUCUUCUCAUCAUGGAAAGACACAAUUCGCAUUCUUAGAAGCUGUGAAACAAUCACUUCAUGUGCCAGAGAAUUAGGAAUCUUGAAGCGCUGCGCAGAAUCUAUUGCUUGGAAGGUAUCUAUUGACUCACACGCCAUUAAAUGCGGAGGUAUUGAGUUCCAGUGCCUUGAACUUUUAGAAAACGAAUAUAACUCUAAUCCUGAAAAUUUACAUGAUGGUUGGUGGUUUAAAGACCUCUUGCUCCUCCGGAUAGAUCAUUUCACCGAAGUGAUUCUCUCGUGUAAAAGAAAAGGCAUAAGAUCAGAGCUUGUUGGAUCAUGCAUCGCUCUUUGGACAGCAAAGUGGCUUUCCAGAAUCUCACUCCAGUUUGACAAUCUGAGUCACAAAAACUUAACAGUCCGGCUAUAUAGAAUAACAAUCAGAAGUUUAAUAGCAUUGCUUCCUGAAGACGACAAUUCAGUUUCCUACAAUUUCCUACUCCAUCUUUUCAAAUUAGGCCAGGUUGUCAAGCUUGAUUCUAAAGUGCUAAUGAAGCUCGAAAGAAGGCUAGCAGUCAUGCUAGUAAAUUGUGAUCCCUACGAACUACUGAUUAAGAACUACAGACAUGGAGACACAUCAUAUGAUGUCGGAAUUGUUUGUAAAGUGGCAGAGGCCUAUGUUUCACUCCAUUCUGUUAAACCUUUAACACUACAGGUGGUUGGAAGAUUGAUUGAUGAAUAUCUUACACUAGUUGCACGCGAUGACAAUCUCCCACCAAAAGUUUUUCAGUCACUCAUAGAAGCAUUGCCGAAAAGUUGUCGUACUUGUGACAAUCACCUAUAUAGAGCCAUUGAUAUGUACCUCAAGGCACAUCCUAGCUUGACAGAAGAAGAAAGAAAUGGUCUCUGCAGAGCCAUUGAAUACAACAAACUAUCACAAGAAGCGCGGAGUCAUGCCUUGAGAAAUGACCGGCUGCCAUUAAACAUCAUCACGCGUUUUAUUCUUCUUGAACAAGUUAAAGUAACAAGUUCCAUGACAACUGCUGGAUCAGACUACUACAGAACAAAGUCGCAAACAAUUAUGAAAGUCACAAAGAACAUGGGCCAGAAAAUGUUGAACUCUCUCAACGAUUUGAAGAGCAUGAAACUAGAAGUUGAGGCCAUGAAGGAGAAGCUCAGCAAUUUGCAGACUUGCAGUGCAAUGCUCUAUAGUCGAGCAAAACAAUGCGCUAAAGUUUGAUCUCAUAUCCACAGUAUUGUGUCCCAGUCUCCAUAUUUAAACUUGCCUAUAUUUUUUCAUAUUUAAUUUGGUAUAUUUAUUUUCUUGUUCGAUAUUCAUGUAUAGCUGUGAUUUGAUUUUGGA